AACAGCUCGCAGUUUAAGUUCUCAGCUUCGCGUCGACGGACGUUCGACCAGUCAACUCACAAAUAUUUUAUAAUCCUAGUAUUUCUGACUCCGUUGCGUGUGGCUGCAUUAAUUUACAUAAUUUAUAAAUUGUUCUUAAGUGAUUCUACCCAAAAUGAUGAAAUCUGUGUGCCUAGUGAUUGUGAUCCAAGCUCUUUGGAUAGUAACCGCCGAGACCCCCGCCUAUAUCAAACAAUGCCGUAGGGAAGACCCCAAAUUGGUGGACUGUUUUAUUGGAGCAAUUGAACACCUAAAGCCCUACUUGGCCGAUGGCAUUCCCGACAUUCAGCUGCCCUCCGUGGAACCCUUCAAGAUGGACACUUUGGCCCUGCAGUUGACCGAGGGUCCGCAGGGAUAUAAGAUUACGCUGAAGAACAUGGAGGCCUUUGGGGCAAGCAACUUCCAGGUGAAAUCUUUAAAGCUGAGUGAUGGCAGCGAGCCCUUCAAGGCGAAGAUCGUGAUGCCCAAACUGAAGAUCGAGGCCAAGUACACGAGCUCCGGAGUCCUUUUGAUCCUGCCAGCCUCCGGAGGAGGAGACUUCCAUGCCAAUUUCGAGGGUGUGAGUGCCGACCUCACAGGCAAGACGUCGAGACCCGCAGCAAAGGGUGGAAAGUACCUGCACAUCGAUGCCCUUAGCUUGGUUCUGGAUGUGAAGGAUGUGAAAAUGAGCAUAUCGGGCGCCUUUAACAACAACCGAAUUCUGCUUGAGGCAACCAACUUGUUCUUACGAGAUAACUCUCAAAUCGUCUUGGAGGCCAUGCAGGCUCAACUCCAGAAGAAGUUGGCUAGUGAAUUUGGCAAAUUAGCCAAUCAGCUACUUAAGAACGUUCCUAUCGAGCAAUUCUACUUGGAUUAGGCUUAAUUAUUCUACAUCUUAGUUUGUUAGUCUAAUCUAAGAUUUAUUUAACUGUAAAUUACUUUGUAAUGCUAUGAACCAAGUAUUAAAUUGUAUGUGGUGUAAA